AGGAAGGAAGGAGGGACGUGUUGGAGGAGCUCUCGUAACCGGAGAAUUGAUUUCCAUGGCCUCUCCGCUACCACCGGAUCCCCAUUGCCAUUGCUGGUCGAAGCUUCCUUCAGAUCUCCUGCGAUUGGUAUUUGACCGCCUUGGUUUUUCCGGAUUCCAACGAGCUAAAUCCGUUUGUUCAUCUUGGCUAUCAGUUUCCAGAAGUUGUCAGCCAAAUAAUCAAAUCCCUUGGAUGAUUCGAUUCCCUUGCAAAGGCGGCAACGACAACGAUUACUGUCUCUUGUUCAAUCCUGAAGAAAAGAAGAUGUACAAAACUCCAAAUCUCGGCAACGAUUUUGCCAAGAGCUUUUGUGUGGCGACUUAUAGAAGCUGGCUUUUGAUGCAACCUCAAUACAAAUACAUGCAGGGACAUCAGUUUAACCUGUAUAUUCUGGAUCUCCUAACCCGCGAGAGAAUCGAUCUACCGGCUUUCGAAUCAGGGUUUGGACUCACCUGUCCCAUUCUAUGGAUCGAUGAGAAAACCAAACAUUAUCUUGUUAUCGGAAUGUCUGAUGAAGACUACGCCAUUUCUUUCAAGAAAGGAGACACGUCGUGGAAACAAAUCCCGACCUCCUUGCAAGAGUGUUUCAGCAUGGUUUUCAAGGACAAAAAGCUCUACUGUCUCAACUAUGGUAAACUCAACAUUUUGGAUUUUUCUGGAGAUGAUACUCCGCUCAGAGUUUUCAAAACUAGCGUAAGUGGGUGCUUAAAACCAUUACCUGGAGGUUAUGGGAUACGACGAGCUGGGAUUCCAUGCAAGGACCAGUUGUCUCACUUUAAGGUUAAUGUGGUUGUCACUCUUGCCGGACAUGUCUUAAUCGUUAAGUGCAUUCGUCCCAGUUUGUCCAAAAUAUGGAACUUUGGUAUCUACAAGAUGAUGGAAGGAGGGAACAACAAGUGGGAGAAACUUGUUUCUUUGGGAGACGAGGCCAUUCUUUUGGAUUUGGGUAUCACUGUUCUAGCCAAGGACAUGCCAGGAAUCAUUACCAAUUCCAUCUACUUCUCUAAUCCUACUCCCUAUUUUGAAGAUAAGUAUGACAAAAACGAAAUCUUCAUAUUCAACCUUGAUUCAAACAAGGUUCAGCAACUCCACCUAUCUGCUUGCUCUUCCUUUCCCUGCUUAUCUCGUUCCCGAUGGUUCUUGCCAAGUUUCAAACGACAAUGAUUCUUUAUAUUAGUUUUAUCUUUCGUUAUGUGCUAUUGAGACUUUGUAUUGACUUUCAAGCAAACUUUUGCGAAGUUGGGCUUUUAACUAUUGAGAAAGAAUUGUAUUUUCUAUUCA